ACAUGAACUGCCGGCACUUCACAAGCAAUCAAUUUCUGCAACAAAACCCCUGAGAACCCACUUUCCUUUCUUCCUUCCAACUUUCUUUCCUUUCUAUCACCCCAACUAGUCUUUCAAAAUGGUCGCAGAUACGCUGGUCUACCACCCUUCGGUGGCCCAUUAUCUCAAAUUCGUCUCCACAACAGUUGGAAGGGAUAAGCUCCUACGAACCCUCCAAUACUUCUCCCGAUUCUACGCCUGGUACCUAUUCCGCACAAAUGGAACGCCAGGGCAGAUCGCCCCCUUUGACGCAAUCAAGAAGCAAUUCGGACUUGCGCGGAAGUUGAUGCGCGUGGGCAAGAAUGUUGAGCAUUUUAAAGCCGCAGCAAUCGCAGCGGACUCCAAGACUUUGGACCCCGUGGUUAAAUACUGUGCUGUCGGCAGACAGUUGGGCUAUGCGGGAUAUCUCACCUUCGAUGCGGUUACAGUUUUGGAUGCUGCUGGUAUCAGGAAAAGCCCCGCGACGCAGAGGCUGCAGAGAGAGGCCUACAGAUGUUGGAUGAUUGGACUUUUGUUCAGCACCGUCUCUGGCGCUUAUUCUCUUUACAAUUUACGACAACAAGCAGCCAGGCUUGAUAAGAAGGAGGGAGAAGACGUUGUUGCAAGCAAGAGGAUUGAGAAGGAGCGUGCUGCGAUAAAUCUCCAACUUGUAUCUGACCUCUGCGAUCUUACCGUUCCUACGUCGGCGAUUGGCUUGACGAACUUUGAUGAUGGAUUUGUUGGUCUUGCGGGAACCGUGAGCAGUUUGAUCGGAGUUUACACACAAUGGAAGAAGACCGCAUGAGAAGAGCGACGGGAGAAGUUAAGUUCAAAGGGAGGCUCGGAAGGUUGAUUGCAGAUUGUAUGUAAAUUGGGUUUCGAUAUUGGCAUGGGUUUUCAAGCAGUGCUAUGAAUGAGAUGACUUGCGCUCCUUUCAGAAUUCGCAAGCGGGGAGUGGGUUAGUGCCCCCUCUCCAUGGACUUAUCCCCCAAAAAAUUAUGUGUGCAUUUUCGGCUCUUUCUUCAUUACCUUCACGGAUUCCAAUGGCUACCAUUCUUUGCAAGAAUUCCAAUUAGGUAAGGCCUAGUGAUCGGAGCAAAUGACCUUCAGGUCUAGUAACUCUGAGGCAUCCCUCUUCUGCGGACCUUCUGAGUCUUUUCCCACAGAGAAAGCUGGGCGCAGGC